AUGAAUAUUUAUAAUACAAGUAAAAAUCAAAUUCAAAAAAUAUCUUUAAAAAGACCAAUAAAUCCAAGAGGUGUCUUUGCACAAAAUGAAUUAAAUCUUCGUCAUAUUGGAGCAUUUGGGUUUGAUUAUGAUUAUACUCUUUGUGUAUAUAAAAAAGAAUUAAAUAAAUUAAUAUAUAAUUUAACAAUGAAUGUUUUAAUAGAAGAUAAAAAAUAUCCAGAUGCCUUAAAAUCUUUACCAUAUGAUUUUGAUUUUGCAAUAAGAGGAUUACAUUUUGAUAUUAAAAAUUCAUGUUUACUUAAGAUUGAUGCUUUUAAUACAAUUCAAUCUGGUUCAGUAUAUAGAGGUAGAAGAAGAUUAAAUGAUGAAGAAAUACUCAAACAAUACAAAAGUUUUAAUUUACCAGAUUCAAAAGUUCAAAAGAUGAUACAAUUAAAUGAUUUAUUUUCACUUCCUUGGGCUGGUAUAUUAUCAAAUAUAGUUGAUUAUUGUGAUAAUGUAAUUGGUAAUGUUAUAGCAUAUACACUUCAUGAUGAUAUUAAAGAAGCUGUUGGAAAAGUUCAUACAAGUGGAAUGAUGUAUAAAGCUGUUAUGGAAAAUAUAGAAAAAUUUGUUCAUCCAAAUGAAAAUUUACGACCAUACCUUGAAUCAUUAAUUAAUAAUAAAACUAAAGAAUUAUUUAUAAUAUCAAAUAGUCCUUUUAAUUUUAUUAAUGCUGGAAUGAAAUAUAUGAUUGGUGAUGAUUGGAGAGAUUUUUUUAAAUAUAUUAUUAUUAUAUGA